AAAUUCUGAAAGUUGUUCCGAACGUAUAAUAGAUUCCACCCUUUUCCGACAAUAAUAAAGGCAAAUCAGCGAAUGGAAAUGAAUCACGCUGUAACCUUAUCGUUGUAACACUAUCAUGUGAUUAGGACGGAAAAUUAGUAUCACGCUAGAAACAAUGAAGUUCAUCUUGGUUGGAAAUCGGAUGGGACAUAUUCGGAUGUGCAGAUUCUUUGGCAGUGAUAACCAGAAAGCACGGGCAAAUAGAGAUCAUGAAAUUAUACGGUUAUGCUUGAAAGAUCAGAAACAAGAGGGGAUUGUGGAAUACCAAGACACUAUGCUGAUUUAUAGACUCUACACAAAUCUAAUCUUUAUUGCCGGGACAUCAGUGACUGAGAAUGAGCUAGCAGUGAUGGAAGUCCUACAGAAUUUUGUCGAAACUGUCAUCAAGUAUUUUGAAAAUGUGUCAGAGCAGGAUUUUGUUUAUAACAUGGAUAAGAUCCAUAUGAUCCUGGAUGAAAUGGUGGUUUCUGGAAAUAUAGCAGAGACCAAUAGAUCAAGAGUGCUCCUCCCUCUCCAGCUGAUGGAUGCUACCAGAAGAUAAUAUUCCCUAGCAGACAUUGUUAUAAGGCUCUGUGUAUUCCCUGUUAAUGGAUAAGUGUUUACAAUAGGAGUAAAUUUUCUGGAGGAGUGACUUCUGAAGCUGAAGUCAGCCUGGCAAAGAUUAAAAGGUGAAAUGUAAGAGGUAGAAUGUAUGGCCUCAGUAUUGUAAUUCAUAGCACCACAAGGGGUAUCUACUUCAUGAUAGAAUUGACAUGAUGAGGGGAAUCCAUUCCAUGUCAUACCCAUGAGCAAAUAGAUAUGAAGAAGGUUUGUGUCAAUUUCUAGGAAAGAUGUGAACUCACAGUUGACCUCAAAGGCGAAGCCAUUCUAAGGAGAAACAUGGAGUCAGAGGUAUAACUACAUCAGGAGAUAUAAAGCCUUGUGACACCAUUUUAGGAGAGACUUGAACUUCUGGGUUAGUAAGCCAUUCUAGAAGAGGAGUGAACUGACACCUGUGAAUUGUUUUAUGAGACAAAGUAAUAGGAAAGUCAUGCUCUUGGAAAGACAUGGCAUCAACAGUAUAACUCCGUAUGGAGAAUUAUUACCAUGUAAAAUCAUUCCAGGAGGGUUGUGACCCACCAGGAACAUACAUGGACUGAAAGUGUUGUAUUUGUGAAAACAUAUGGGGGUGUUUCUCAGAAGACAAGAAGUUAUGGCCCCAAUUAAACAUAUGGGGUGGUUUGUCAGAUGACAAGAAGUUAUGGCCCAAUCAUGCAAAAAUCUUUUUAAAAUGCUAUUUAUUUUAAUAUACCAGUAUGUUGAUAAUUUACUUUUGGUGUGAAACACAUAUGUAUUCCUUGACCAAAAGGUUUGAUUUUGUGUUAAAGAAGUGCCAUGUCUUGAUCUUCUGGAGACAGACAAUCUUUCCAUAUUUUUUACUGUCUGGUAUUUUUACCUACAUUUUUGUGAAAUAUUUUGUUUUGUGCAUAGAGUUAGAUUGUAUGUGAAUGUAAUCUUCUAAGAUUUGAAAGUUUUCUGUCAAAUAUAGCAAACAGACAGACUGUUGAAAGUCUGAAAGAAUAGAUAAGGGUGCAUCCUUACAAAAAAUAUCACUUAAAUGAUUGGUUGAAUUUUGGAUAAAUUGAACUCCAGUCUGAAUGAAAUGAUUCAAUUUGUUUUCUAGUUAAUGAAAGUGAUCACCUUUUGCAAUAGUAUUAGUUUGCAAAAUUCUUGGAUCAUAAUGAAUAUUUUACCCACAUUUCAAGAGAUAUUCAAGCAUACUAGUAAUUUGUUUUAAACAUAUUGUUCAUCUUACUUUAAAUUUUACUUCAAAUAUAUAAUUGAUGUGAAUUUUGUUUGUUGUUACCGAAUAAAAUCAAAGUCCGAA